GUAUGUGUACCUAGAAUGUCUUGAAGUUCUGCACCAUUCUGUACUUAAUGCAAUAAUUUCAUCAUGAGUAGCGACAAGGAUCUGAAUUUCGUUUUAAAAUCACUUCUAGCUGGAGGAGUUGCUGGAAUGUGCUCAAAAACAGCUGUAGCUCCUUUGGAUAGAAUUAAAAUCUUAUUACAAGCUCACAAUGAUCAUUACAAAAAAUUUGGAGUGUUUACCGGUCUGAAAGAAAUCGUGAAAAGGGAAUCUUUUUUCGCCUUGUAUAAAGGAAAUAAUGCUCAGAUGGUUCGUAUAUUUCCUUAUGCAGCAACUCAGUUCACCUCCUUUGAACUGUACAAAAGUUUUUUAACUUCGGUUAUGGGAAAUAAAUCCCACGUGGCCAAAUUCUUGAGUGGAUCAUUAGCAGGAGUCACUGCUGUAGCAUUAACCUAUCCAUUGGAUACGAUUAGAGCACGAUUAGCAUUUCAAGUAUCAGGACAGCACAGGUACCGGGGAAUAGUUCACACAGCUGUGAGCAUUGUUAAGCAAGAAGGAGGAAUUCGCGGGUUAUACAGGGGAUUCUUACCAACUUUAUGCGGUAUGUUUCCGUACGCUGGAUUCUCUUUUUAUACUUUUGAAAUGUUGAAAUAUAGUUGUAUGAAGUACGCACCUCAGUGGACUUGUACUCCGUGUAAUCGUAACACAGGAGGAGUAGUUUUGACGGUUCCUGCUAAGCUUCUUUGUGGCGGUUUCGCCGGAGCCAUAGCACAAAGCUUUUCUUAUCCUCUAGAUGUAACCAGGAGGAGAAUGCAGUUAGCUAUGAUGAACCCCGAAACGCAAAAAUUUGGGAAAGGUAUGGUAAGCACAUUGGUUGAAAUCUAUCAAUCAAAUGGAGUUGUUCAUGGCUUAUAUCGAGGCAUGAGUAUAAAUUAUUUGCGAGCCAUACCUAUGGUAGCAGUUUCGUUUUCAGUUUACGAACUCAUGAAGCAAACAUUACAACUCGAUACCGGAAUGAAACUAUAAAGCGAAAGGCUAAAAAUAUGAAUGCAUUUAAACAUGGGUCAUUUCAUAAUCAAAAUUCAAUCCUUUUGAAAAAAUUGAUACGUUUAGCUUGAUAUUCCUAAGCUAUAAUUUUCUUUCCUCGUUUUCCCAGUUUUUUUUCUCUCAUCAAUUUUCCUGUUUUCGAACAAGAUCUUUUGAUUAUCGUGUGGUUUUAUGUUACAAUGUUGUUUGGUUCAUUAUUGGUGUUGUGGGUUUCAUGUUCCGUAUUGUAUACCUAAAUCUUUGUGUUUUUUUUUAUCCAAUUAAGCGCACAAUUUUAAUUUUUAAUGCGAAAAGACUGAAAUGUAAUGAAAUUAAAUUUCGUAUUUGGUGUGUUUUAAUUAA